UCAUUCAGAAUAAAAUUCCAUAAGCCAUCUAGUUAGGUAACACUCAUACAUCCAAACGCACGGCCUCUCCGCCUCGAAAUGAAGAGGUCAUUUCUGACUUUGGUCUUAGGUCUAACUUGCACUUGUGACCUUGCUUGGUCUCAGAUGUGUCGUGAAACAGUGACUGGGGAAGAAUGUCAAUUUCCAUUCAUCUUGAUCGACGGUGUUCGUCAAGUGAGGUACUUUAGAUGCACCACUGACUAUGACGAGGCAAAGAGGCCGUGGUGUUCUACCAAAACCCACCCCAAUCGAACUCAUAUAAUUGGCAAUUGGGCAUAUUGUGCUAAGACAUGUUCCAACAACCGAAACUCUUUUGUCCCGAAAUCACUCACGUCCAGCUUUACAACAACUACUACACCCAUCCCUGUGGAUCCAUCCACGCUUGGAACAUGGCUUCCCAAUCUGGACAAUAACGAGAGUUGUGGCGUGGAUUUGAAUUCGAAUCAAAUCAUCGGUGGGAAAACAGCCAAAGUGGGACAAUUUCCAUAUCUGGCGUUGCUCGGCUAUUGGCGGAGAGGGAUGUAUUUUUACGCCUGUGGUGGAACCCUUAUCAACCGAAGGUAUGUGAUAACAGCUGCGCACUGUCAGGGUUCGACACCUCCCAAGAGAGUAAGGCAAGUCGUCCUGGGUGAGACUACUGUAGGCAAAGAAGUUGAUUGUCUUGGAUGUUCUCCACCUCUGAAGUUUGAGAUCGUUGAUGAGGAUGUGAUUGUUCAUGAAAAUUGGGACCCUGAUCGGUUUCAAAAUGGCGAUGACAUAGCCCUCAUUCGGCUACCCCGCCUGGUGGACAACGGGUUCGACCGGUAUCCCCAAAUCAUCCCCAUAUGCUUACCUUGGGUGGUGGGCGUGAGUGAUCCCAAUAGUGUGUAUUCAGUGGCGGGUUGGGGUCGCACCGAUAAUCAACCCGUGUCCAAAGAAGAAAUCAAGAGCACAGGGGUACUUUCAACAUCCCUUCAAUUUGCCCAAGUCCCUUGGGUGUCUUUCACAGAGUGUAGGAAAUUUCAAAUCUACGCUGGACUCAAGCGAGGAAAGCAUAUUUGUGCUGGAGGAGUUCAAGGCAUUGACUCGUGUAGCGGCGACUCUGGUGGACCACUCUUGGCUCAACCUAAGACAGCUUACGGCAAUGCUCAAAAAGACCUUCCUUAUUUUCUUCGGGGCAUUGUUUCUUUUGGAACUCAAACGUGUGGAAGCGGGUAUCCUGGAGUCUAUACCAAUAUUGAUAUGUAUUUGGAUUGGAUUCAAGACCAGCUGCAGCCAUAAAAGCACAAUGACGGACCGGCAUGUAUUAUAUAUGUGUAUAAUAAAUUGUUGUGUGUGCUUGCACUCCAUACUGAAUGAAAAUCAAAUCCAUCACACAGCCCUUAAA